AUGCCUAGUGAAGAGGUGAAACCCGUGUCGGGUAUAUUCUUCGUAUUUGUGAUUGCGCGGAACAAACCAGCAGACGGUGGAGGGCACGUCAAUCAGAAGAAUGCUGCAGGGCAGAAAGCAACUACUGCCGGACAGAAAGGUGCAGCUCAAAAAGGAGGGCCCAAAACCCCGGUGAAGCCAUCAGCGCAGAAGGGAGCAGCAAAAACCGCACCACCGAAGCAGGCAGCGGCUGCAGCCGCGGCCGUAAAGACCCCGCAGGGCAAGAAGAAGAAGGGGCAGCGGCAUCAGCAAUAUGAGCUGAUUGUUACCAUUAACCUGUCCGAAUAUGGCCUUACGGAAGAGCAAGUUGCAGAGUUCAAAGAAGCUUUCAUGCUAUUCGACAAGGAUGAAGAUGGGACCAUCACGAUGGCUGAGCUUGGCGUCGUGAUGCGCUCUCUCGGGCAAAGACCUUCUGAGACGGAGCUCCGAGAUAUGGUGAAAGAAGUGGAUCAAGACGGCAAUGGCACCAUCGAGUUCAAUGAGUUUCUCCAAAUGAUGUCCAAGAAGAUGCGCGGGGCUGAUGGAGAAGACGAGCUUAGAGAGGCUUUCAGGGUAUUCGACAAGAACAAUGAUGGGCUGAUAUCAUCGGUGGAGCUGCGCCAUGUGAUGACUAACCUUGGAGAGAGGCUCAGCGAGGAAGAGGUCGACGAUAUGAUCCGUGAGGCUGACCUUGAUGGUGAUGGCAUGGUCAACUACGAUGAGUUUGUAACAAUACUGACUUCGAAAAACUAGUAUGCAGAGCAACAGCCGAAGAAGAGAGAGCGUCCCCCGCGCGAUCCUCCCCCCACACAAAACACUAGUGUCCAAAAUAAUUGUGCUCAUGAGGAGAUAUACAAGUUCGGAGGGAAAGAAACUCUUAUAUAGCGCCGGCAAAACUGUUCUAAGUGUUAACGUUAGUGUUGUAACGCGUUAACGCAGUUUUUAACCGUUAUUUAUAGAAUGCGCUUGGUGGCAGUGUAUACGUACUUAAUGUAUUUAGUGCGAGUUUUUUACAGCAGUGCACAAAAGUAAACAGCUACUUACUACUUACUUAAGGAUUGUUCCAAAGCUCAUCUGUAAAAACUCCAUUAUAAUCACUAAAUUUUUAACGCCUAAUCUUUAAUUUGCCUUUCUAGAGACUUACGGCAAGCAGGGUUCACUGCAUCCAUUUUUUAAUCCUUCUCUGUAUGUAGAUUGAAAUCAUUUGAAAGAAAAUAUUGUCAACAGUUCAGUAAAUUAUUGUAAUAGAUAAUAACUAUAGAGGUUUAAUACCAGUACAUAAUAUAAAUUUUAAGAGAAGAUUCUUCUAACCCAAAUUAGAUAUAAUAUAGAGACGAAAACAUCAAGGGCCGAUUUCACAAAGGAAAUUAAAUUAGCGCCAUCUAGUAGUAGCAUAAUAAACUAUUUUACUAAAGAGACUCUUCUCUAUGAAUUGUGAAAUCGUUCCUCGUAUAACACAACUACCAUUAAAUGAAAAUAGUCAUUAACAAAAUCGGUUGUGUGGAAUUUUUUUCUAAAUAAAAAGUAAUCGUUUUUAAAAUACCUGGCAUCCUGUACGUAUACACGUUGUGUGGACUUGUGUAGAUUUAGAAAACUAUGCAUGUGGUGGAAAUGUCAAAAAAAUUUUCGUUAGUCUUCCAAUGGGCGAAGGUUGACUGAAAAAAACAAAUGAGCCAAAUGCUAACAGAGUUCAUUAAUGUUACGUGGAAUCGAAAAAAUAUUUUAUAGCCUAGCGAGGAUCUUAAACUAAGGUAAUUUUAUUAAAUAAAGCGAAGGAAUUUUACCAAAUUUAUACAAGGUGACUGAUUAAAGGGUGGAAAACGUUAUAAAACAGCACCUAUCCUUGACAAACAUCUCUUAAUAUUUGAAUGUCUGUAGUGAAUGAUUUAGAAUAUUAAAAUAAAUGUUUCUUCUAACCAGUCACCCUAAAGCCUCGAUAAGGGUACAUUUUAAAAUGAAAAAUUGCUAAACUUAUUAUUUUGAGCCGGUGCAUUACAAAUGCUGUAAAAUUUUACUUGUUACUUUUAACCGACUUCAAAAAAAGGAGUACGUUCUCAAUUCGACUGUAUGUUUUUUUUGUAUGUAUGUUACGCGAUAACUCCAGUAUUUGUGAACCGAUUUUGAUG